UGCCCGUGCUGUGUCAGGCCGACGCUGCCGCCAUGGCGGGUGAGGGCAGUACGUUCCGGCUGCGCUGCUCCCUGCUGGGGCACGGGCAGGACGUGCGGGGCCUCACCCGUGGCCUCUUUCCGGAUGGAGGCUUCGUGUCCGUCUCGCGGGACAGAACCGCGCGGCUCUGGGCCCCUGACGGUCUUAACAGGGGUUUUACUGAGAUGCACUGUAUGAGUGGCCACUCAAAUUUUGUAUCUUGUGUGUGCAUCAUACCUCCAAGUGACCUCUAUCCUCGUGGGCUGAUUGCAACUGGUGGCAAUGAUCAUAAUAUUUGCAUUUUCACAGUUGACAACCCAGCUCCUCUUUAUGUCCUUAAGGGUCAUAAAAACACAGUUUGCAGCCUUUCAUCUGGGAAAUUUGGCACGUUAUUAAGUGGAUCAUGGGAUACAACAGCAAAAGUCUGGUUGAAUGACAGAUGUAUGAUGACAUUACAGGGUCACACAGCUGCAAUAUGGGCAGUGAAGAUACUUCCUGAACAGGGAUUAAUGUUGACUGGUUCAGCUGACAAAACUAUAAAACUGUGGAAGGCAGGCAGAUGUGAAAGAACAUUCACUGGACAUGAGGAUUGUGUGAGAGGUUUAGCUAUUCUCAGUGAAAUGGAGUUCCUUUCCUGUGCUAAUGAUGCUAGUGUUCGAAGAUGGCAGAUCUCUGGCGAGUGUCUGCAGGUGUAUUAUGGACAUACAAAUUACAUAUACAGCAUCUCUGUCUUUCCUCGAUGUAAAGAUUUUGUAACUACCGGAGAGGAUAGAUCUCUCAGAAUUUGGAAACAAGGGGAAUGUGCUCAAACAAUCAGACUCCCAGCUCAGUCUGUAUGGUGCUGCUGUGUAUUAGACAAUGGUGACAUCGUAGUUGGUGCAAGUGAUGGAAUUAUAAGGGUGUUUACAGAAUCCUUGGAACGUACAGCAAGUGCUGAGGAGAUUCAAGCUUUUGAAAAUGAGCUUGCCCAAGCAUCCAUUGACCCUAAAACUGGUGAUUUAGGAGAUAUCAAUGCUGAUGACCUUCCUGGAAGAGAACACCUUAAGGAUCCUGGAACAAGAGAUGGACAGACGCGGCUUAUUAAAGAUAAUGGGAAAGUAGAAGCAUAUCAAUGGAGUGUUAGUGAGGGAAGAUGGAUAAAGAUUGGUGAUGUUGUUGGUUCUUCUGGAGCUACACAACAAACAUCUGGAAAAGUUUUAUUUGAAGGAAAGGAAUAUGACUAUGUUUUCACCAUUGAUGUAAAUGAAAAUGGGCCUUCCUACAAACUGCCAUAUAACAUCACUGAUGAUCCUUGGCUGACUGCAUACAACUUCCUGCAAAAGAAUGAUCUAAAUCCUAUGUUUCUGGAUCAAGUGGCCAAGUUUAUUAUGGACAACACUAAGGGGCAAACACUGUUGAGUACAAAUAAUCAAUUUUCAGAUCCAUUUACAGGAGCUGGACGUUAUGUUCCAGGAUCUUCAUCUGGAUCGAGUGCGAUACCUGGGGCAGACCCAUUUACAGGUGCUGGUCGCUAUGUUCCUGGUUCAGCAUCAAAUGCAGGACCUCCACUGGGUGGGGUUGAUCCAUUUACGGGAAUGGGUGCCUACCAGUCAACUGCGGCUAAAGUUGAAAAUAUUUAUUUUCCGAAGAAAGAUGCUGUCACCUUUGACCAGGCCAAUCCUACACAGAUACUGGGCAAAUUAAAGGAACUUAAUGGCAGUGCAGCUGAAGAACAUAAGCUCACUGAAGAUGACUUGAUAAUCCUAGAAAAGUUACUGUCUGCAACAUGCAACACCUCUACAGAAACACCUACAGCGCAGCAACUUCAGACUUUAUGGAGAGCAGUUAACUGGCCAGAAGAUAUUGUCUUUCCGGCUCUAGACAUUCUUAGAUUGUCUGUCAGGCAUCCCACUGUGAAUGAAAACUUCUGCAGUGAAAAGGAGCACGUACAAUUUAUCAUCCUUCUCCUUAAAUUUCUAAAUCCUAAAGGCAAGCAAGCAAACCAGCUGUUGGCACUUAGAGCUCUUUGCAAUUGUUUUGUCAGCCAUGCAGGCCAGAAGCUCAUGAUGGAACAGAGGGAUGAAAUAAUGACACAAGCGAUAGAAACUAAAUCAGGCAAUAAUAAGAACAUCCACAUUGCACUGGCCACGCUGACAUUGAACUAUGCUGUAUGUUUACAUAAAGUCAACAACGUUGAGGGAAAAGCUCAAUGUUUAUCAGUAAUCAGCACAGUUAUGGAAGUUGUUCAAGAUCUUGAAGCCAUUUUUAGACUGCUUGUGGCUCUUGGGACGCUAAUCAGUGAUGAUACAAAUGCUGUACAAUUAGCUAAGUCUCUGGGAGUUGAUUCUCAAAUAAAAAAGUAUGCCUCUGUAUCAGAACCAGCUAAAGUAAAAGAAUGCUGUAGGUUUGUUCUUAAUCUGUUAUAAUAUUUUUUCUUAGCAUUUGGAAGACAGUGUAUGCAGGAAAAAGAUGCUUUUGUUCAUAUUUUAUGACACACUAUACUUGGGAAAAUACUGUGGAUUAAUUACAUUUGACUUGUUGCAAGACACAGAGCAAAUAAAACUUUUUUCACUGUUUGUCAUUGGA